AUGUACCUGAUCACUGUAUUUGGAAACCUGCUCAUCAUCCUGGCUGUAAGCCUAGACUCCCAUCUCCACACGCCCAUGUACUUCUUCCUCUCCAACUUGUCCUUUGUGGAUAUCAGCUUCACCUCCACCACCAUCCCAAAGAUGCUGAUGAAUAUACAGACAGAGAACAAAAUUAUAACCUACAAAUGUUGCAUCACCCAGAUGUACUUUUUCAUGCUCUUUGCAGGGUUGGAUGACUUUCUCCUGACCAUGAUGGCCUAUGACCACUUUGUGGCUAUCUGCUACCCCCUACACUACACAGUCAUCAUGAAACCCUGGCUCUGUGGACUGCUGGUUCUGGUGUCCUGGAUGAUAAUUGUGUCCUUAUUUUAUUGUACAGUCUUAGGUGUGUACCUUAGCUCUGCUGGUACCCACAGCUCACACUCAGGUGCAGUAGCCUCGGUGAUGUACACCGUGGUCACACCCAUGCUGAACCCCUUCAUCUACAGCCUGAGGAACAAAGACAUAAAGAGGGCUCUGAGAAGAAUCACGUGGCCAAUUUUCUUAGGACUGAAGAAGUCUCAUGAUUUUAGGGUGCAAAUCCUCAGAGCCAAUUUCUUUGAUCAGAUUAUUGAAGUAGGAUCUAACUCUUCUACUUAA